AUGCAUCGAGUAUCGGCUCUACUGUCGUGGGAUAAGCGGAAAUCCGCCCAGAAACUUCCCAACCCUCUCAAUCGCCUAUCGACUCCUACCUCGACGACGACAACGACGACAACGACGACGAAGGUGACCAAGGAAGACUUCUGGCCCGGGAGUCUCGAUCAGGAAUGCGAAAAGGCCGCCCGCAUAUUGAAAUCCUUUUGCACCGACGGAUGCCUCGCGCCGCUUACCGACGAUGACUCGACCACCGCAUCCGAACCAAAGUCCCCGCUGAGAAUCACCAAGAGGAUACCGAAACGAAUUGUUCAGAAUGCUGCCGGUAUUGCUAUUUUUACUUGUAUGCGGUCCGGUCUUUGGAUGACCGGCUCGGGAGGCUCUGGCAUCUUGAUUGCGCGAAAGGCCGACGGAACCUGGUCGCCACCCUCGGCUCUGCUCCUGCACACACCGACGCUAAGCUUCAUUAUGGGCGUCGACAUCUACGACUGUGUCUUGGUUAUCAACAACCUGUCGGCUCUCGAGUCCAUUGUGCAACCCCAGGUCACCCUUGGUGAAGAUGUUGGCCUCCUCUGCGGCCCCAUGGUGCCUCAUGGAUCUUCCGAAGAGGAGAUCAAGUGGAAGGACUUGGGCAACACGGUUUUCACUUACCUGAAGUCAAGGGGCCAAAUCCAACCAGUUAACCUCAACGGCUGCAUGCUAGUUGAACGUGGAAAUGAGAAUGAGCGUUUCUAUGGUGGUAGUAUUACUAUGAUGGAUAUUCUAGCGGGAAACGUCUCCAAGGACGUCGAGGAGUCUCGACCCCUCUCCGAGGUUAUUAAGCAAGCAGAAGGUCGUUCCGAUUACGAUGCCGCACUCAUCGAGCAAGUUUCCGUCCACUGUGCCCCCGGCGACGCGGUCAUAGAAACACCGAAGCCCACGCCCCCAGUAUCACCACGGCAGCCCUUCGGCAUUCCUUCGCCCGAUGACCCCGAUCCUUUUGGCGUCCUAGCGCUCGAGAUGGCCGGCCUGGAGAUCCGUGAAGCUGGUACCCGUCUUCGACCUGCGAGUAGCCAGUUCGAGUAUGUUCCGAGCCCGACGAGUCCACUUUUUCCACGCUUCAGCAAGCGACAGAGCAUCGAUACGAUGGCGACGCGAAGCAACCGAGGCAGUUGUCUGUCGGUUCGCACAGAGAACACUCACACAACAGAUGCCUGCACUCAGACCGAGACCUCGAACACGCCACACACAACACCUAGCUUGGCUCACAGCGACGACAGCCGUGACCGGGCAUCUCUAGAGAAGAUGAGGGGCCUAGAGAAUGUCAUCGAGGAGGAGGUCGAUUACACCAAGAUCGACUUUUCUCCCAUUAGGCAGUUUAGCAAUCAACAUUCUCUCGAUGGCAUGACCAUGAUUGACAGCUCAACUAGCACGGACGAUGACCAACACACUGACCGCGACUCGACCCGGUACGAUGAAACCGUAGUUACUGCCGAUGUCCCUCUGCCAAUCGAGACUGUGGAGGAGGAUGAUGAUGGUGACGAUGCCGACGACGAGGAUGACGAGCUUGACGAUGACGACGACGAGCCUGUUGUUGUUUUCGAGGUGGCAUCGGCCGUGCAACCUGUACGGACUGCCGUCGUAUCAUCUCAAGUUGUCCAGGCCAAAGGCUCUAUCGUCACCAUUCCGAAGAGGAUCCCCCCACCAUUGCCUCUUCGCAACCCCGCGCGCAGCUCCCAAGCCAAGAGUGAUCUUGGCGAUGUGAGUGGACUUAUGAGCCCUGCCCGGAGCUCUUUCGCCAGCGACGAGCGUGUAUCCGUUGCGUCAGAGCCCACUAUUGCCACCAUCGCCCAGGAGAAGCCCAAGGUUGAAACACUGCAGGUUACGCCCGCUGUCGAGUUUAAACACCUUGCACCUCGCGACAUUCCUACGCCUGUUUCUCUUGACUCUGAGGACAACGCCAGCUUUAAGUCUUUGGCCGAUACCCAGUCAACAAACGUAGCGGAGUCUGCCGAAGAACAUGGCUCGAAUACUCAGCAAACGACAGUUGACAUGGCCUCCGCCGCGACUGAGGUGGCACCUGCUGCUACGGUUGUGACCGUCGCCUGA